UCUCUCUCUCUCUCUCACACACACACACAUACACACACACACACUCAGACACAAACACACGCGACAACACUACACACACUUAUGCAGCGCGAGGACUCGUCCAAAGCAAAAGCCACGUUUUUUGGGAUUGUCUCCUCUUUUCCUCCUCUACACCUGGAUGUCCCCUCACCGCACGACUCCUCCUCAUGGGCCUUCUUCAUCGCUGAUCCACAGCAAACAUCUGGUCGACAGCACACACGGAUCUUGUGGCUCUGAUGGUACGAGCUGAACACUGACCGCUUCCUGCCUGAGGACACCUGCUGCCUGCUGCCCUUCACCAUGUCUGGGAUGCAUGUACCCUGGACGACUGGCACAGAGUGUGUAGCCAAGUACAACUUCCAGACCGCCAACGAACAGGACCUGCCUUUCUGUAAAGGAGAUGUACUCACCAUUAUCGGAGUCACCAGGGAUCCCAACUGGUACAAAGCGAGGAACACAGUGGGCAGAGAGGGCACCAUUCCAGCCAACUACGUCCAGAAAAGGGAAGGAGUCAAAUCAGGAGGGAAACUCAGUCUUAUGCCAUGGUUUCAUGGGAAGAUAACUCGGGAGCAGGCCGAGCGGCUCCUCUACCCUCCUGAGACGGGUUUGUUCCUGGUGAGGGAGAGCACCAACUACCCCGGCGACUACACCCUGUGCGUCAGCUGUGAUGGCAAGGUGGAGCACUACCGCAUCAUCUACCACAACGGCAAGCUCACCAUCGACGAGGAGGAGUACUUUGAGAACCUCAUGCAGCUGGUCGAGCAUUACACCAAAGAUGCUGACGGCCUUUGCACCAGGCUCAUCAAACCCAAGCUGAUGGAGGGGACGGUGGCAGCUCAGGACGAGUUCUCCAGGAGCGGCUGGGCUCUGAACAGGAAGGAGCUGAAACUUCUGCAGACCAUCGGCAAAGGGGAGUUUGGAGAUGUGAUGGUCGGAGACUACAGAGGAACCAAGGUGGCGGUCAAGUGUAUCAAAAACGACGCCACGGCGCAGGCUUUCAUAGCCGAGGCCUCGGUCAUGACGCAACUGAGGCACAACAACCUGGUGCAGUUGUUGGGGGUGAUAGUGGAAGAGCGAGGCAGUCUCUACAUCGUCACAGAGUACAUGGCCAAGGGCAGCCUGGUGGACUACCUGCGCUCCCGAGGGCGGACCGUGCUCGGUGGAGACUGCUUACUCAAGUUCUCGCUUGACGUGUGUGAAGCCAUGGAGUACCUGGAGGCCAACAACUUUGUUCACAGAGACCUGGCGGCUCGCAACGUGCUCGUGUCCGACGACAACAUCGCCAAGGUCAGCGACUUCGGCCUCACCAAGGAGGCGUCCUCCAUACAGGACGCCAAGCUGCCCGUCAAGUGGACCUCGCCAGAAGCACUACGAGAGAAGCGGUUUUCCACCAAGUCGGACGUCUGGAGUUACGGAAUCCUUCUGUGGGAGAUCUACUCCUUCGGGCGCGUGCCUUACCCCAGAAUUCCGUUAAAAGAGGUGGUGCCCCGCGUGGAGAAGGGAUACAAGAUGGACGCCCCCGACGGCUGCCCGCCAGUCGUCUACGACCUGAUGAAGCAGUGCUGGACCCUGGACGCCGUGGUGCGGCCCUCCUUCCGCAUGCUGAGGGAGAAGCUGCAGCAUAUCAGAGCCAAGGAGCUCUACCUGUGAAGAGGAGGCCCUUAAGGAGGGGGGGGGGUCGAAGGGGGAGGGGGGGGGCGCGACACAGCCCAGAACAGCAUGAGGAAGAGGAGGAGAAGAAGAAGAGGGGACCACUACAGCUUCCUCCUGACUGGGACUGCAAAACUAUGCCCCCCUUCCCUCCCAAACUCACAUGCCCCGCCCCCUGCUUCCAUAUAAGGACAGUUUCCUGUUUGUGUUGUAAAGCUUUUUGCCGGACAGUUUCCUCCUCUCUCGGUGGGCCACUGCUCCUUCGUCCUUCUUAACCUGCCGCUGCUCUCCUGCUCUCCCUCUCUGUCUCCAAACUCCCUUUUCUUUCUCUCUCUCUCUUUCUUUUUUUUCCUCCCCUCCUCCUCUCCUGAACACGGCAUUAACUCGAGGGGAGGCUGGCCUUUUCCUCCACGAUUGUCAGGUGCUCUUUCUCUCCCCCCCCCCCCCAUCAUUCCCGGAUCUCUUUGUCACCAUGUUGAUCUGCAUGAAUUCAUCUCUCCGUCAUUCCCCCCUCCCCCCCUCCCCCCUCCCUCGGUGUGGUGUCAGGUGUGGGGCCUUCGCUCUGUGCCAAAGUGCCUCCAGUCUACAGAGCUCCGGACUUCCCUCCAGCAAAUUCUCUCAACUGGACUGUUGUUUAUUUUUUUUUUUAUGACCUUUUUUUAAGAAAUCUUUUUUUUUUUAUAGUUUUCUUCAUUUUCAGGGAGGUUUUCAAACUUUUGCUUUUUUUAGUGCCGUCUCUCCCCCCCCCCCCCAAACCUCCGCCAUCACUCCAUCAGAAUGUUUUUUUGUUUUUGUUCUGCCAAGUGUCCAUGAACUGGAAGAGAGGAUUUGGUGGCCAGUAUCAUGUUCAUCCCCGAUGAGAGGUGAUGUGAGGAGGGGGAGGGGGGGGAUACAGGACAAUAACAGGAGGAGGAGGAGAAGGGGGAGAAGGAGUUCACAAACAUGGUCAAAUCAUCAUACGUGGGCUUGUUUUUAUAUCAAAAUAUAUUUAAAGGAUUAAAAAAAAAAGAAGAAAACUGACUGAAACAAAACGAGAAGGACUUUGAGGAGCCGGGAGCGCGUUGGCGUGAGGAACGAUCAGUGUCUCUGAGAACGCUGGGGUCGGGUUGGUGCAUGCUGUGUGUGAGAGGCCUUGGGUUCAACUGUCAGUGCUUUCAAUGUUCAUUGUUUUAUUAUGCUAUCAUGAUUACGAAUAAAUCAUUCCAUCUGAA